AUGAUUGAGGUAAAUUCUGUGACAGAAUUUAUUUUUGUGGGUUUUACAUUCCCCACAAGUGUUCAACACCUGGUAUUUUUCAUUUUUCUCUUUCUCUAUUUUUUGUUGAUAAGUGGAAACAUUAUCAUCAUGCUGACUGUAAAAGCUGAUCCUCGCCUCCAUUCUCCGAUGUAUUUUUUCCUGGGAAAGCUUUCCUUCAUUGAUCUCUGCUACUCAUCUGUAACCGUGCCCAAAAUGUUGGUAGACUUUAUAUCUGAACGAAAAGCCAUAUCAUUCAAUGGGUGCAUCACUCAACUCUAUUUCUUCCAUUUCUUUGCUUGUGCUGAAUGCUUCCUUUUCACGGCCAUGGCUUAUGAUCGUUAUGUGGCCAUCUGCAAACCAUUGCACUAUUCCACAAUCAUGAGCAGAAAGGCCUGUUUUUGGAUGAUGGUGGCCACAUGGGCUAUUGGCUUUGUCCACUCCAACAUACAGACAACUUUAACAUUAGGUUUGCCAUUCUGUGGACCUAAUGAAAUUAACAGUUUCUUUUGUGACAUCCCACCACUAAUCAGACUGGCAUGCACUGACACCACCAUGAUUGAUGCCAUGAUAGUCGGCAAUAGUGGAUUUGUAUCACUGGGCUGCUUUCUGUGUGUCUUGAUUUCUUAUAUUGGCAUUGCCUCUACAAUCUUCAAAAUUAAAACAGUUGAAGGCAGAAGUAAAGCAUUUUCCACUUGUGCCUCUCAUCUAACUGUGGUGACUUUUUUCUUUGGGCCUUGUGUUUUCAUCUAUAUGAGGCCCUCCACCACAUUCUCAGCUGAUAAAGUAAUUAUAGUAUUCUACACAGUCAUAGCACCUAUGCUUAACCCCAUCAUCUACACCUUGAGAAAUGAAGAAGUCAAAACAUCCUUGAAAAAAUUGUGGUGGAGGAGAGACAUUUUCCAUAAAGUUUCAUAA